AUCACGAUCAGAUAGGCUACUGAUGUGAAUGAGUCCAUGGCCUUGUCGCUGUGUGUAAUAUAUCUGCACACAGUCUGAGACCUUCAGUCAAGGUUAAACUGAUAAAAUCACUCGGAUGAGCAGUGAAACCGCAAACUUCGAGGAAUAAAGUGCGGUUAUGCAUGAAAGGAUCAACAAAAGACAGCGGAAAGUGGCACGUUCACCGAGGAGGAACGUUUAACCGGAGCAUUCGUUUAUCACGGAGAACUUUAAGCGAUGCACACUUGAACAGAAGUAAGGACACUUUACUUAUAGCCUUAAACUUGUAGUUUUUCUUGUAAAUGGUCACUUUUGCGUUUUUAUGCACCAUAUAUUUUUGCACGACAUAUUUUGUCAUAUGCACCGUAUUUCGGAUACUUUGUUUAAGAGCGUGUUGUCGCAUUUAUAAGAUCAGCUCUGCUGCACUGCUUCUUCAUAUAAUUGUUAUGCACACUUCAAAAUAUGAUUUUCUUCUUUAGUCUUUAUUUGUGCACUCAACAUCUCAAAACCGGGCAGUUUUAGUUUACUCCAAAUGCACCCAGUGCAACAGAAUUGGUACGAUCUGAAGCAGACAGUAGAAAUGCAUAAUGCAAAUCUUUAAUACAGAUCUAUUUCAGUUUUAUUUAAUGAAGUUCAGAUGAACACAGACAUGAAUGCAAGCCCACGAAUGUGACCCAAGAGCACGCGCUGAGGGAUCAAAGCCCAGUAAGCAGCUUUUGGCUUCAUAACAGAGUCAUUGUUGGACUUGGACUGUUGUUUUAAUACUGCAUGCCAUCUGAUGAAGAUGAUGACUACGAUAAACCUCGUGAGGGGGUCUGUCAUGAAGAUCCACGGCCUGUCACGCGCAGCCCGAUGUCUUCCAGCUGAAGGCGGUGUGCGUGGGUUGUCUUCCUCAUCUGGUCCAAGAGUGUGUAUCGUAGGCGGAGGUCCUGCAGGUUUUUACACGGCACAACAGCUCCUGAAGGCUCGGCAGGACGCAGCCGUAGACAUUUACGAGCGGCUGCCGGUGCCGUUUGGACUGGUGCGGUUUGGAGUCGCACCUGAUCAUCCUGAGGUCAAGAAUGUCAUUAACACUUUCACUCAGACGGCCCAGCAUGAACGAUGCAGCUUUCAUGGCAAUGUGAAUGUGGGUAAAGAUGUGACGAUUAACGAGUUACGACAAGCUUACCACGCUGUAGUGCUGAGUUAUGGAGCCGAAGGAAAUCGGUCAAUGGGAAUUCCAGGUGAAGAUGUACCUGGUGUUUUCUCAGCUAAAGACUUUGUCGGAUGGUACAACGGACUGCCCAGUAAUAAGGAGCUGCAUCCAGAUCUCAGUUGUGAGACGGCUGUGAUUCUAGGACAGGGAAAUGUGGCUCUGGAUGUUGCCCGAAUACUUCUGGCACCUGUAGAAAUGCUGAAGGAAACUGAUAUUACCCACAAUGCACUAGAAGCAUUGGCAGGCAGUAAAGUGCGAAGGGUUUUGAUCGUAGGCCGACGAGGACCUCUUCAAAUCGCAUGUACCAUCAAGGAACUCAGAGAGAUGGUCAAUCUGCCAAACACCAGGGCUGACAUGCUGCCCACUGACUUUGAGGGCAUCGCAGAAGCUUUGAAAGAUCUUCCCCGGCCAAGAAAAAGACUGACAGAGUUAAUGAUGAAAGCCGUAAAGGAAGGCGGAGACAAUAAAGCUGAGAAAUGCUGGGGCUUCCGCUUCUUUCGCAGUCCUGUGGAGGUUCUCGCAGGGGCUGAUGGGAAAAGAGCUACUGGAUUCCGAUUGGCUCUUAAUAAGCUUGAGGGUUUGGGCGAGAGUGCACGUGCAGAGCCCACCGGUCAGCUGGAGGUUGUAGAUUGUGGCCUGAUCAUCAGCAGUAUCGGCUAUAAAAGCAUUCCCAUCGACCCCGCUGUGCCCUUUGACCCCCGAAGAGCCAUCGUGCCUAAUGAGAUGGGAAGAGUGCAGGACACAGCAGGUCUGUACUGCAGCGGCUGGGUCAAACGUGGACCAACUGGUGUGAUUGCAACCACCAUGAACGACAGUUUUGAUACGGCACGUGCUUUGAUUCAGGAUAUGGAGGCGGGCAAGCUGGAUCUGUCAGUCAACAAAGCGGGCGCUCAAGCGAUCACUGCCCUUCUGCAAACACGAGGUGUGAGAACGGUGCUUUUUUCACAGUGGGAGAAAAUUAAUGCAGAGGAGCAGAAAAGAGGCAAAUCCCUGGGAAAACCCAGGGAAAAAGUUCUGGAUGUGGAUGAGAUGCUGAAAAUAGCCUGGUCCUGAGAAGCGCUGCCAAGAGCGUAUCUGUUGAUGCCAUUAAAAACAACCAAAAAUGAUCUCGCACACCUUUUUUUUUUCCCCCUCUGUGGAACAUAAAAAGAUAAUAUUUGGCUAAAUGUACUUGCUGCUCUUCUUAAUACAAUGAAAAAUUACAAAUAAUGAUUGAAAAUUUGGAUGUGUUAUUCUCACAAAACUAUCAUAUGACAUCUGGAAAUAGUGCACAAAUGAUAUGGAUAAGAUCUACGAUGCUUUCUUGUGCAUUGUUGUAGUUCUUCAGUUUCAUUGUAUAAUAAGAGCAACUGGGGGUUUCUUCUAAACAUCAUCUUUUCAUUUCCAGAGAAUAAAUCAAGUGGAAUGAUAUGACGGGCUUGAGGCACGUUUCAUGUCAUUUGAGGACUGUUCUUUUAAAAGAAAGCUGUGCUGGAUUUUAUGGUUCAUGCAUUUGUUUACCAAGUACAGAUUGUAUCAGUAAAGAAUCUUGUUAAUGAAUUUAGCUGUGAUGUCAGGACAUGGACUUUCAACAAUUACUUGCAUUUCUCCUAAGUGCUACUGAUAUAAUGUGAAACGAUGAAGUUGGACCAGUCGUUAUCCAAAUAGUUUACAUUAGUCGCUUCCUGUUAACGUGUUGUUUUUGCAAGAAUAAACUUGUCUUUGUGAAAUAGCUUGAAUCCACAUUGAAAAUAUUUUUACAUAAUAAAUAAUACACUCAUGCGCAGUCUUGAGCGCACAUCUCAGAAAGCUGACUGUUUCUAUAGCAACCGGGACUUCUAAUGGCAGCUGCAAUGACUUUACCGAUUAGCGAUUGGCUAUUUCAUUCAGAAGGCGGGGCUUCCUGUGAUUGACAACGAGUGACACAUAUUGGCUGUUCUAUAGUCUUUGUUUGUGAGCCACACUCAUGUUCGUUGACCGGACACCUGAAAAUUUUAAACACUCAGGAUGGAGCCCAGCUGUGUUCUGCUGGUGGAAUAUUGUGCUGUACAGAAAACAUAUGAAAGAAACCUUUGUUCCCGAUUGUUAUGCCUUAGCACUAACCGGCAAUACUGGCAUUUAAAACCCCCAGAACUGAGCCCAGAUGUGUGUGCUGUUGUUGGAGGGCGUCCUGUACCAGUCAUGUAAAACAAAUAGUAUAAAACAGAUAGUUCCAGUCGUUGAUUUUGAUUGGUUGAGCUGCGUUCAAAGCUGUUGUAAUUUACUCUACAAAUAUAUAGGGAUGAAUUCAGCAAAAGUGGGACAUCAGCUAAAUUGGGACAAAUAAGCUUUUGGUGUUGUGCUUCUUUUUUUUUAAUAUUGCUAAGAAUGGGCGGUCUUGAAAUUUUGUAAUAACAGUAGCUACUUGAUUAUUCAAAUGUAAAUCAUAUGGGUGUGGUUACCACUCAAAUACUGGAAGGUGUGAGAAAGUACAUGUUAAGUGUCCGUACAUAGUUUAAAUCUAUUAAAAUUGUUAAGGUUUAAAUUUUAAUAUAAAAAGUAUUUCAACCGACAAUGUAUAUUUUUAGUACAUAUGUUCAUGCGAUCAUUCAAUUUCAUGCAAAGUUGUGCGAGUUUCUUUAUAUAUACAGGUGCAUCUCAAUAAAUUAGAAUGUCGUGGAAAAGUUCAUUUAUUUCAGUAAUUCAACUCAAAUUGUGAAACUCGUGUAUUAAAUAAAUUCAAUGCACACAGA